AUGGGCGACCUGAGCCACAUAUAUGACGUUUGUCUUUCAACAACAAUCCCAAACGCAAGCACCUGGACUAUGGACAAUGUGUGCCAAUGGAUUUCUGACCUGGGAUUCCCGUACUACAAAGACUGCAUGUCAGAAAACUUUAUUGAUGGAAAAAAGCUGAUUCAGCUGCAGGCAUCAGCACUGCCCCAAAUGGGAAUAACGAAGUUUGAACACAUUCAGAUUAUCACGAAGAGCAUAAGAGACUUAUUGCAACUGGAAGAGCCCAACCAUCAAAGGACCAUUCGGCUUCCGCCACGCAAUUUUCUUGGCAUGUUUUUAGAAAGCAAAAGUAACACGGGAUCAGAUCUCGCCAAAAUCUCCUUUCCCCGGUUUGUAUAUCACACCUGCGACAGGACAUGGAAGCCCCCACUGACAAAUGAAGGCCUUAUAUGUGAACACGAGUCAUAUUAUCCAAAGGAC